AUGGUGGAGGGGGACAAGGAGCACAAGGCCAACAAGGACGCGGGGAGGCGCGCCACCCUAGUGCUAGUUUCCAAGUAUCCCACGCCGGGCUCCAGCAAGACGCGGUUGAUCCCGGCGCUGGGGGAGGCGCUCGCGGCGCAGCUCGCGAUGGCCAUGCUCCAGGACUUGUUGCAGCGUUUUUCGAUAGAGGACCCCGCCGGCGAGUUCCGAAAAGUUUUCGUCUACGCCCCACCUUCUGCGGGACCUUCCGUCAACAAGAUGCUCAAAGACCUGGGUUUGGACAAGACGUGGGACGCGGAGCCGGUUUCGUCGGGGACUCCGCUGCGGGAGAGCGGACUAACGACCAUACUUGAGGCGGCGCUGGCGAGCGCGAGAUCACGGGAGAGAGACGGGGCCGUUAUUUUCGUGGGGAUGGACACUCCGGAGUUGCCGUGGUCGGAGGUUGUGGCGGCGAGAAGCUCGGCCGAGAAGGAUGGCAAGGCUUACAUUUGCCCAGUGGCGUGA